AUGAAAGGUGCAAAACAAGGUGGAGCACAGGGAUUUAUGAAAGGUUUAGGAAAAGGUUUUCUUGGUCUUGUUGGAAGACCGGCAAGUGGAGUAGCAGAUUUAACAAGUACUUCAUUUAAACUUAUUAAAAAAGUUGCAACACAUGAAAUUAUUAUUCAUCGUAUUCGACAUCCGAGACAUAUUGGAAGAGAUGGAAUUGUUCGACCUUCAAUUGCACAUGAAACACUUGGAAAAUUCAUUUAUGAUAAAUUUGACGAAUCUCUUCAUGGAGAAAAUGAAGGUUAUAUUGCACAUAUUGAAUCAUCAAUUACUCCACCUUCUCUAUUAUUUGCAACGACAAAACAAGUGAUUUUCUUAGUUGAAGAUCCUUCGUCAGAAGGAAUUUUUAAAGUUGAAUGGACUCUCAAUUAUAAAGACGUUAAAGGAGAUCCAACUGUGAAAUUCAAUCCAAAUUAUAUUGAAUUUAUUAUCAAAGAAACCAAUGCAAUUGGAAUAACAAAGAAAGAUAUAAUCCAUGCUCGAGUCAUUCCUUAUCAAACCGUUGCUGAAGCACGAUUUAUUGUGGAUAAAAUUAUUGAAACUACGAAAGCUUUGGAGAUUUAA